CUUCUGACAAUUACAAACACAACAAGAAAAGAAUUAGAGAAAUCGGUCCAGCCGUUCACGCGUGAUGCCGUAACUAAGAAAAACAUUUAUCUAACGUCAAAGGUUGAAUGAAAUAUCUCGUACUAGCUGUACCCGCGACUUUUUCGUUACUGCUCCGUUAUUGGCUGUAGGGUGAUCUUAUAGCUUAAACCCAUCCUCGAUAAAUGGGCUAUCCAACACAAAAAUAUAUUUUUUAAACCGGACCAGUAGGUAGUUCCCGAAAUUAACGCGUUUAAGUAAACAAACUCUUCAGCUUUAUAAUAAAUUAGUAAUUAAUCAAGCUGUGUCUUAUUACAUUAUCAGUUUUGGUUAAAUAACAUUUAUCAGCUCUUGAAAUAGACACAAACACAUAGUUGUUGUAAGGAUAUUUAGUGGGAAAGACGUUUUGCUUAUUAUAUUAAUGUCAAUGAAUAAAUAAUAAAUAAAAAUGGCUCCAAAAACAACAGAGUACUUAGAAAUAGCUCAUCAAAGAGCAACAGAGAAAAAAACGCACGUCAGUUUUCCGCAGCUGAAAUAUCCUUCUCUCCGUGAUGACGGGUUACGGGAUCCUGUACAGUGGCUGUCAGGAAAAGCCAUGGAUGAUGGAGCUGAUGGCAUGUGGAGGAUACACAACGCGAUAUACGACUUUGAAACCUUCGUUGACAGUCAUCCUGGUGGUGCAGAAUGGUUGGAACUUACGAAGGGAACGGAUAUCACAGAAGCAUUUGAGUGUCAUCACUUGAACCCAGUAGUAGAAAAAAUGUUGGAAAAAUAUUACGUGAAGGCAGCCACAACUCCCAGAAAUUCUCCUUUCACUUUCCAUGAAGAUGGUUUCUACAAGAGCUUAAAAAGGGCAGCGAGAGAAGAAUUAAAGAAAGUUCCCAAGAAUCUACCAAAGAACAGUGACAUGAUUAUAGAUGGACUCUUCUUUGCCUGUUUGGUUACUGCAGCGUUGUCAGUAUGGUCAAAAACAUAUUGGGUUGUUAUGGCAUCGUACCUUGUGUCAUCUUUGACUCUGGCUUGGUCUGUAGUGGCUUCACACAGCUAUAUUCACAAGAAGACGAACUGGAGGAUGUACAUUUUUAACCUUGGAUUAUGGUGCUACAGGGAUUUUCGAGUAUCGCACGCCCUUUCUCACCAUCUUUAUACUAACACCUUGAUGGAUUUGGAGAUAAGUUCAUUUGAACCAUUUGUAUUCUGGAACCCCAGGAGGGACAAGCCUUUCUACGUUUAUUUAUCAUUCUUCAUUGAAUGCCUCUUGUUCCCGUUCACCUUUAUCUUGAAUUUUGUAAAAAGGUGUCUUUUGAACUUCAUUCGGAAAGAUUACUUCAAGAAGCACUACCGCUGGCACGACAGCAUCGGCUUACUCUUACCAGUCUGGAUGUGGGUAGUUAGUGGCUGCACUUUCUAUGAAGCUUUUGUUGGUUGGAUAUGGAUCAACUGUACUGGAAGCUUCAUUUUCAGUCACAUUGGAUCUAACGCUGCUCACCAUCAUCCAAAGAUAUUCAAGGACGGUGAUGAAGUCAGGACUGAGACACCAGAUUGGGGAAUGCACGAGCUAGAAGCAGUCAUGGAUCGCACUGACAUCAAUGGAAAUAUCUUCAAGGUCAUGACCUUCUUUGGAGACCAUGCCCUUCACCAUCUGUUCCCUACUUUGGACCACGACGUUCUUCCAUACUUGUACCCUGUGUUCUUGGAACACUGUGAGAAGUUCAAAGCUAAUUUUAGACUGACGUCAUCUUAUGAUCUUUUCAUCGGUCAGCUUAAAAUGACUGUUAAGAAGGAUUUCACGCUUUUGAAUGAAUAAGAUUUGAUUUCUUUAUCACUACUUAAUGAGGUUCUUAAACUAUAAAUAAUAAUAGAUUUAUAGAAUAAGAAAAUGAAUAAGAUAAUUUCAGUAAAAGUAUACUUACAGUACAGUACACUGCCUUAAACUAUUACAUUCGUAACUAGUUAACAUUAUUCUGUAAAUGAGUACUAAAAUCUAUACUAAUAUUAUAAAGCUGAAGAGUUUGUUUGUUUGUUUGUUUACUUGAACGCGCUAAUCUCAGGAAUUGCCGGUCCGAUUUGAAAAAUUAUUUCAGUGUUAGAUAGCCCAUUUAUUGAGGAAGGCUAUAAGCUAUAUACCAUCACGCUACGAGUAAUAGGUGCAGAGCAAAAAUGAAAAAUGUUGCGAAAACGGGUUUUCACGCGUAGGAAGUCACGGGCACAGCUAGUGUUGUAAUAUGGGGUAAUGCUAGUAUGAAAAAUAGGUCACUGUCCUUUGGUAAGAUAUGAUUUUACACACAUGAUAAUAUCCUAAAUAAACGGCUCAUAAUGUAUUUGUUUCUUUA